CUACAGCAACUUGGGAUGGAAUUAAAUAUAAACACUAUUGAUGCCUUUGUGGCAUUAUUUCCGAAAAUUCUGAUCAUUUUUGAAUACCCUGUGGUAUCAUAGUAUCUGGCUUUUCUGUCUGGGGAUAAACCCCAGCGUCCCAUCGAUACAAACGAGCCUCAGCACAACAGCCGUAAGCUUCUCAGGCCCUAAGUCACGACGGCGUCGGUGCUCGAGAAUUUGCUAUGAUACUGGACACGAAAGCACAAAUCGACGUUCUUAUCUCUCCACAGCUUUCAGCUCCUACUCUCUUUAAUCCCAUCUCCCAGUAGAAGCCAUUGUUUUACUGGAGUUCAAUCUAUCGAGCCUUCACCAAACUCGCUGUUACUGUACCCUCGCACAAUCAGAACCACUCGUAGCCACGUCCCCGAAAACCCGCGGUACACCCCCUCUGAGCUACAAACACCAUCACCCAUCAUUAACAACAGCACAACCAAGAAAAUGCAUACCCCGAACCAUCUCCUAUCCCUAGCCUUUUGCCUAACCUUCUUCCUCUCUCACUUUUCCCCCAGCACAGCGUACCAGCACUCCACCACUGGCGAGAGCGAAAACGACAGCCACUCACUCACCCAGGAACUCUACCAAUGGCCCAUAUCUGCGGAAUCCCCGACACCGCUCUGCGGGCUGUGGUAUCACGAGCGCCGGGAAGACGCGGCGUGUGCCUCUGUCGGUCACAAGAACUGCGCUAUGGCCGGCGAGUGCGGUGAUGACGAGAUUGUUCGUGUGGGGAUUAUGGAUGAGGAGGGUGUGUUCAGAGGGGUUGCUACUACCGGUGUAUGUGCUCUACUCUCACAAAGAUCAUGGAUGGGGAGGGGGUGCUAAUGGGGUAUGCAUGGAUGGACGGAUUGGGAGGAAUAGAAAGCACUCAAAAAUCUUGACAAGACCCUGAUAAACAUCCGUCGAAGUCGCAGCGACCCGAAAAAAAUCUGGAGGGUGGAGUUUCAAAGUGUUUAUGAUGUAUAAUACUACUCCCUUCCUCCUGCAAACUACCCCUCUCUCUUUGGGUAACUAAUUUGGGGACGGGGGCGGUGAAAAUAGCUCGAAGAACCCGACGUAAGAGCAACAAACCCAACCCCAGGCCCACAACCCUUCCUUAAUAAGCCCAUUGUGUUGAACGCCGAGGGGAAGUUGCCAGAGCCGGAUAUUGAGAAGACUUUCUUGCAGAAGUACCCUAUCCCCCCCUACACACUUUCAAACCGCGCAUCGUGAACAACGGCUAACGAGUGACUGAAUUAACAAUAGAUACUGGUGGGUCCUAUUAGCAGGAGCCUUACUCGUCCUAUCGGGUGGUGGUGGUAGUGCGGAAUAAACAUUCCUCUCCCCCCCAUCAAAAUCAAGGGAGCAAUGUGCCGGAUGGAGAGAAGGAUGGCUACGCACUGUAUACUAGACCAUAAUUCACGCUUUGCCGUACUUGCUUGUGCAAUGAACGCAAGCGGCACGAUAGAUAAUGAAAGAAGAAGAAAUUUAAUACCCGGGUAUCGGCGCCUUGCCUAUCCUGUCUUGCC